CGGAAGUAAACAGUGAACUCAGAAACCGAUUGAUUUGAACUUCACGCUGACUCAGAUAAUUUAGAAAAUGUUUAACCUCACAGCAGACCAUCCGUAGUGCAACAGAAACGGGGGCGGAUUACUUAAAACAGUAUUUCCGGAACGAUUUAACACUGUCAAACAGCAUUAGACCCUAUCGACACUUUGAACACGUGCAGGCGUGUUUCCUGACUAUUAACAUCUGCAGCGGUUUUCGUGAUUAAAGGGACAUGAACAUCGAGAAUUUCGGCCUGAGCGAAAAGAUCGUCUCGUCUUCAUAUGUUCGCCAGGGGCUGCAGGCUCGUCGCGGUCACGAGCAUCUGAUUCGUGUCCUCUUGGACCAGGGUAAAUGUCCAGAGGAGGGAUGGGACGAAAGCACCAUAGAGCUGUUUCUGAAUGAGCUGGCGAUCAUGGACAGCAACAACUUCUUGGGAAACUGUGGUGUGGGAGAGCGGGAGGGCAGAGUCGCUUCCAGUCUGGUAGCCAGAAGACAUUACAGACUGAUCCACGGCAUUGGUCGAUCAGGGGACAUCGCUGCUGUUCAACCCAAGGCUGCUGGUUCCAGUCUCCUAAAUAAAAUCACCAAUUCGGUAGUCCUGGAUGUUCUGAAAUUUACAGGUGUUAGGAGUGCAUCCUCGUGCUUUGUGGUCCCCAUGGCGACAGGAAUGAGUCUCACAUUGUGUUUCCUCACAUUGAGACACAGAAGGCCUGAGGCCCGCUACAUCCUUUGGCCUCGAAUUGACCAGAAGUCUUGCUUCAAAUCGAUGGUGACUGCUGGUUUUGAGCCUGUGGUGAUUGAGAAUGUUCUGGAAGGAGAUGAGCUACGAACAAACCUGGAGGAAGUGGAGAGAAAGAUUGAGGAGUUGGGUGCCAAAAACAUCCUCUGUGUCCAUUCCACAACGUCCUGUUUUGCACCACGCGUUCCUGACAGACUAGAGGAACUCGCUGUUUUGUGUGCAAAGCAUGAUAUCCCUCACAUAGUCAACAAUGCCUACGGAGUGCAGUCAUCCAAAUGUAUGCACCUUAUACAACAGGGAGCCCGUGUGGGAAGAAUUGAUGCUUUUGUCCAAAGCCUCGAUAAAAAUUUCAUGGUCCCAGUCGGUGGUGCUAUCAUUGCUGGAUUUGAUGAAGUCUUCAUUAAAGAAAUCAGUCAAAUUUACCCAGGUCGAGCUUCAGCUUCUCCAUCUCUAGACGUCCUCAUCACUCUGCUUUCACUUGGAGCGAGCGGCUACAAGAAACUCUUGUCACAAAGAAAGGAGCUGUACGGCCACCUGGCGCAGGAGCUGAAAGCUCUAGCUGAGCGGCACGGAGAGAGACUGCUGCACACGCCACACAAUCCAAUAUCACUGGCCAUGUCCUUGAACUGUCUCCAGGCGCACAGUGAUAAAGCGGUCACCCAGCUGGGCUCCAUGCUCUUCACCAGACAGGUGUCUGGUGCCAGAGUGAUUCCUCUUGGUGUGGAACAGACUGUUAGCGGACACACAUUUCACGGCUUCAUGUCACAUACAGAUGCCUAUCACUGCCCGUACCUCAAUGCAGCAUCAGCCAUAGGAAUAACCAAAGAUGACGUAACUUUGUGCAUGAAGAGACUUGAGAAAUGCCUUAAGAGUCUUAGGAAAGAAGCGCCUGUAGAGAAGAAUGAGUCUACAUCGGCCGCUGAAGGUUUGGAAGACCAAACGGUUCCCUGAGCGUUUAUGGUGUUGUGUAAUUCUCUACACAUUCGCUUUGUGUUUUCUUGAUGUUGUCGUAAUUAUCUUAUGUUUGAAAUUUGUUGAUAAUUUGAUAUUCAAUGUAUCAAUUUCUUUUUAACUAAACCAAAGCGAUUUAAACUGGAGUUAAAAGCUCUGAUAAUAAACGCACACAAUACCAUGAAUUCUUUUAUGCAAACUGGCUUUAUUAAAUAUUUACACUGCAUUACAGAUAUGGGUGAUUCUCACGAAAUCACUGAAACAUCAUGGAGUUGAAUUAUAAAACAUACAUUUCGGUAAUAAAAAAAUUAUCAUAAUAAAGAUAAUUGUGUUCUCUACCUUGGACAAAACAUAAUUUGGACAUAGAAAUGAAUUAUGUACGUGUUUUAUUACUUUUUCUGCUGAAAUCCCAAUUUGUCUGAGUGCAUUGUACGUUGUAAUUUAAACAGAAUAAAAUGAAAGUAUUGUGAAAAAACACAAUUGGAUGUUUUACUAGACGUCCUCAAAUGACUGACAGAAUAUUCAUGUAAAAUAAAAAUGAAAAAAAUA